AUGGCUCCUCUAUCCGAGAUCAUCAAACUCGAACCGGAGGAAGAGCCUUGGUGUGCCGGUUACGCUCCUUCACAGGGCCGUCGUUGUCACGUCCGCACGAAUGCACGCGGUCGCAGUUCGGCAAUGAUGCUUCUGAAUGAGGGUACUAAAGACCUUCGAGCCGGUCGGAACAUCGAUACACUGCUGGAAAAUUUAGCUCCUUAUGUUUUAUGCACAAGGUUCCACCAGAGCCAAGCUUCGGAUCUCGCGCGUCGUUGGAAAAGACAAGUCCGUACAUAUCUCGAUUCGCAGGUUGUUUCAACGCCAUAUACACGGCCAGUGAGAACAUCAUCCCGAAUGAUCUCAGAGACUGCCGAGGCGAAUAUGGAGGAGAUAAUUGCCGUUCUUCACCAAAGACUUCGUGAUGCCGAGGAAGAGAUCAGGCGCCUCAAGGUCGCUCAAUCUGGCCUACCGGUUACUGCAAACCCUCGUCACCACGAGCGUAGAUUCAUGAGCGCAGUCGUUAAUUCCAGCAGCAUGGGAAGCGCGUCAAGCGGAAAUCCUCCAGCAAAUCGUGUUAACGAAACAUUGAGAAGAGACUCAACAGAAUCUUCUACAAAUCAGUCAGCAAUCACUGUACCUCGACCAGUUCAAGCCCAAGCCACUCGCCAAACAAGCGCUGUUUCUAUUUCGAGCCCAAGACCAGCAAGCACACCAACUGUGGCUCGCGCCUUCGGUAGAAUUGGGAAUACGGCCAGCCAGGAUGAAACAUCCCAGCCCAAUCGCCGUGAGAUUGAAGGAGAAUGUGGUAUUUGUUUAUGCAAUUUGCAUAGUUCGCAAGAUGAGGACUGGGACGAAGAAGAGGAGAGCGAGAACAGUGGUGGCGAUGACUACGGUGACAAUGAUCAAGACAAUAAUUAUGAGGAUGAUGAUUAUGAUGACUAUGCGGAGGAUGAUGAACACCUUAAAGAAUUGGUUUGGUGCAAGGCACGCUGUGGAGUCAACUUCCACAAACAGUGUAUCGACCAAUGGCUAGAAACAGAUCACGCUCCCACAUGCCCAGCAUGUAGGAGUAAUUGGAAACACUGA